AUUGAAAACAAAAUUUCUUUUCAAUGAUUCUGCUUCCAUUAGGAACAAAAUAACGAAGCGACAAUGAAAUUGACGUAAAAGUUCAAGUUCUCAGAUUAUAUACAUAUAUUUAAAAUAUUUAUUUUGGUUGAACUAAUUUUUUGAUAAUAAUUUUUUUUCACUUAAUACUUUUAGAUGUUGUGAAAGUAGUGAUUAUAAAGAAUAAUUCGUUGCAAAUACGUCUCUUAAUUUAUUUCUGUAUAAAAAUGAAAAUAACUAAGAAUAGAACUAUUUAUUGAAUUUUUUGAGAGAAUUUGUGUGUAUUCAUCCAUUCGAAUAUAAUGGCUUCGAAGAAAAGAGUUGUGUACUUUUGGGAUCCAGAUGUUGGUAAUUUUCAUUAUGGUGUUGGGCAUCCAAUGAAACCUCAUCGAUUAUCAGUAACUCAUAGUUUAGUGCUUCAUUAUGAAUUAUAUAAGAAAAUGCAAGUCUAUCGUCCGUAUCGUGCAUGUGCUCAUGAUAUGAGUCGUUUCCAUUCUGAUGAGUACAUAGAUUUCUUACAACGAGUUACACCACAUAAUAUUCAAUCCUUUAAUAAAAGUUUAAGCCACUUCAAUGUAGGAGAUGAUUGCCCAGUAUUUGAUGGAUUGUUUGAUUUUUGUUCUAUGUAUACUGGUGCAUCAUUAGAAGGAGCUACCCGCUUAAAUAACCAAUGUUGUGAUAUUGCUAUUAAUUGGUCUGGUGGUCUGCAUCAUGCUAAAAAGUUUGAAGCAUCUGGCUUCUGUUAUGUGAAUGACAUUGUUAUUGCUAUACUGGAGCUUUUAAAAUUUCACCCACGUGUGUUGUAUAUAGAUAUUGACAUUCAUCAUGGUGAUGGAGUUCAAGAAGCAUUUUAUCUUACUGAUCGUGUCAUGACAGUUUCAUUCCACAAAUAUGGCAAUUACUUCUUUCCUGGCACAGGUGAUAUGUAUGAAAUCGGCGCAGAAAGUGGAAGAUAUUAUUCCGUGAAUGUUCCUUUGAAAGAGGGUAUUGAUGACAAUAGUUAUUUCCAAACCUUCAAACCAGUUAUUCAAUCAGUGAUGGAAUUUUAUCAACCAACCUGUAUUGUUUUACAAUGUGGUGCUGAUUCUUUAGCUGGUGAUAGACUAGGAUGUUUCGCCUUGAGUACAAAAGGACAUGGUGAAUGUGUAAAAUUUGUGAAAGAACUCAAUGUUCCAUUGCUUGUUCUGGGAGGAGGAGGUUAUACUGUAAGAAAUGUUUCUAGAUGUUGGACCUAUGAAACAUCACUUUUAGUAGAUGAAAAUAUUAGUAGUGAAAUUCCUUAUAAUGAAUAUUUUGAAUACUUUGCUCCUGAUUUCACUCUUCACCCAAAUAUCAAUACCAAACAGGAUAAUGCCAAUUCCAAACAGUAUUUAGAGACUAUUGUAAAGCACGUGACAGAGAAUCUCAAAUGCCUCGUUCAUGCUCCAAGUGUACAAAUGCAAGAUGUCCCAGAAGAUCUGCUUCGUGCUAAAAUGGAAGAAGAGAAUGAAACAGAUCCUGAUGUCAAAAUGUCACAACAAGAAAUCGAUGCAAAAGUGGAGCCUCCAAAUGAAUUUUUUGAUGGUGAAAAAGAUCAGGAUAAAGAAAUAAAACAAGAAGAAGUGUAACAUUCAAGUAAACACGUCUAUAUUUUUCAUCUUCAUCAUUGAAAUCAUUAAUAUUGGGUAUAAAUAAGAUCAGUAAUAUUGAGGAGGCAAUUUUAUAAGUAAAUUUUACCAGAAAAUGAAUCGUCAUGUGCUUUUUCAUUGAAGACUAUUUGAAAUAGUGCAUUAUUCUGUUGUGUAUUGUGCUCGGUAGAUGGCAUAUAUUUUCCUUAUUUGCAUCAAUGUAGCUUUGUAAAAUUAUAGUAUUGUAAUAAAAAGAAAGUUAGCAAUAAUUUAAUUCAAAUAUGAGAGAAAAAUUAUCUAUUAAAUAUUAAAAAAAUAUUUAGAUAUCUUGAAAAAUUCAAGAUUUGAUAAUUAUUUUAUUUGUUUUGUUCAAAGUAUAAAUGUUCUUAUAUUUUUAUUGUUAUCUGUAUCUGAAGUUUUAUUUAUUGCACUAAAUUUGAAGAUUGCUCUUGUUUUUGCAACUAUUUAUCAAAUCCGAUCUUAAAGUGUUCGACAAAUAAAAUGCUGAAUUUGUAUUUUAUUUUUUAACGAUAUAUAAAUCUUUUAUUUAAUCAAGAUAAAUACUUUUUCAAAAUACUUACUUAAAUAUACUAUAAAUACUUUUAGUAUGUAUGUAAACCAUUUUCAAAUACAUGUCAAAUUAUAUUCAUUACUAAACUGUUUAUUUUAUAUUAGCAUUUUUAGAAAAUAUACCUUUUUUAUGAAUUGAUUUUUUUUUUCUGAAUAGCAGAUAUUUUUAAAUCUAAUACCUCUAUAUAGUAAUAAUUUUUUUUAAUUAAAUUUUCUAUAUUAAAGGAAAUUGAGGUUAUUUUAUUGCCCUACAUUGAACAAAUCAUGUUUAUUUCUUUCAAUUAAAAAAUCUGGAAAGAAUGAAUUGUUAUUUGCACAUUAUUUAUGUGUACAUUUAAUAUAGGAAUAUCACUUGUGGUUUUAGAUGGAAAGGUGUAAUCUGUAUAUGUGGUUUGUUCCAAUUUUAUUGCUGUAAAUAAAUUCUCAUGGACAAUAAAAAUUUUUAUACUUUUUUA